UAUAUUUAUAUAUUUCAAAAUGGCUAUGGCAGAAAAGUUCCCGAAAGAAUAGGAAUUAUAUAGAGUUAUCAAUUUAUGCGCAUACAGAAAUCAGUAGAAUUAAUUUAUAAUCUAUAAAAUAGUUCUUAGGUUGCUACUGAUGCUGCAAAUAUUUUAUACAAUUACCCAAAAUUAUUCAAUCCCCAAAUCACAUAGACAAGUAAAUAAUUAUUUAAAAUUAAAGGUGAAAAUGGCAUAAUCAAACAUUUAUUGGAACUUAAAGGAGAGCGUAUAAAUUCAUUUCAUCAUUAGUGCCCAUUAAAUAUAAAGGAUAAACUUACUCUAUUAUUACAUCCAUCUAGUUUCCUUUUAUCUAUUCGGAUGCUCCAGCUGUGAUCAGAAUUUAUAAUCCUGAUAUAUCCAAAUUUUCUGUGAAUCAAUAUUUCAUCCAAGGUGCUUCCUAAGAUCAAUCUGUGGUCAAUAUUCACAACACCGAAUUACAAAGUUGGUAUCAACAUAGAUUAAUUGUAAAUGUCAUUCUUUAUAAUAAGUCAAGAGUGAUGCUCGCCUUAGUUAGAGAUUUAGAAGCGCAUUUCCCUUUUUUCAACCGAACAUAAUCAAAUUCAUAGUAUUUUUACACACAAUUCAUUAGGGUUAUUUAAUAACAGCCAAAUGCAUAAGCCCCAUAUUAAUACUAAAAUCAGCAGCAAUAAUUCUACUAAAAUUCAACCCAAGGCUACAAUUAUUAAUAUUAAAACAACAACCCUCCUAAUUAAUAUUACAAUAAUCAAACCCAACCUUAUAAUCCAUAUGCUACUCAAUAACAAUAGCAGUAGGCUCCAGGAUAUUAUUAACAGAGCAACUUAUAUUCUCAAGUUGAAUUCAAACUCAAGGAAAAAUGCAAUUAAAGUAAAAUUUUAGUUCAUACAUUUUAGUAUUAAGUGAUGAUUUAAAUUAGAUUUAAAAUGAUUUCAAAAUUUUGCAUUAACAUCAUGAUAGAUUAAUCGAUGAAGUUACAAAAUAGGAAACCAAAAAAAUGUACUUAUAAAAUCUAGAAAAUUAAAUCGAAUAAUCUAUAUAGUAAUUAGAAAACGAAAAUAAAAAAUUGAGUGAGUUUGUUGAAAAAAAUGACGUAUUAGAGUAUAAAUUGUAUGCAUCUUAGGUUAAACGAAGAAACUCUUUUUUAGAAUAUUAGAGAAAAUGAUCAAUUCUCAACCUCAAUCUUAGAAUUGUAUUCAGAUAUUCAAGCAUGCAGAGAAACCUUGCAUUUUAUAGUAACCAAAUUUAAGAAUUUCAAUCUACCAUUUGAAACAGUUAUUAAAGUAUAUCAAUAUAACUAGUAUCUAUUAGAUGACUCGUAAAUAUUCAGAAGAGUAAUUCAAUAAUAUUUUAUUAUUAAAGAAGUAUACAUCACCAACAAAAAAAUUAUGA